CAGAAUUAUUCAACACACCCAGUUGCACUUGGAGUACGAGUGUUGCUAUAGCAGUCUUUGUAUAGUAGGGAGUAUUGUGUUCCUGAUAACUUAGAAGGAAACACUGGACAGAAUGGCUCUAUUUCUCUGCUGUCUGCUGGGAAUUGUUUCUCUUGUGUAUGGGCAGCCUUUAUCUCGACUGGCAGCAUCCAAUGAGCCCGACGGCACUGACCACACUGGAGAGAUCAUCUCGUUCUCUGAUGUUGGAUCAGGAGUUGGUACUGAUCCACCAGCCUGGUAUUGCUACACCCAUCCUGGUGGUGUAGUGUGGCAGGGUCCUAGUAUGAGUGUGUUGCCCAUAGUUUAUAACAGGGGUGCAGUUGAUGACGAACUGUUCAUCAGUGGUGUUCAUGAUCCUAGAGCCGUUGUUUUGCAUCGUGGUCCCACACACUUCAGUCCUGAUGGAGAACACUGCUGUGUGAGGAUUACCACCAAUGAUAGUAAAUGUGUCACCUUCACUCCCUGUCCCACACUGAGUCCUGUGUCUAAUGGAAUGAUCUCAUACGACGCAGCCUCGAACUUGGCCACCUACAGCUGUGUCACUGGGUAUACUGUGACUGGUACCAGCUCAUUCAUCACCUGUAAUGAGGUCACAAUGCAGUGGAGUAGCACUGAGAGACCCACUUGUGAAUUACUUUGUCCAGACCUCACUGCGCCAGACAACGGAGGAGUAAUGUACAGUCACACCACCACCCCCAAAGCUGAGGGCUCCACGGCUACCUACACCUGUGCCACUGGCUACCAGAUGACUGGACUGAUGGUGAGGACGUGCACUGCCACUGGAUGGAGCAGCACUGGAGAUAACCCUGUCUGCACUGUUGUGGAUUGUGAACCACCUACUCCUCCCAGUAAUGGAGAAGUUAGCAUGCGUGCUGGUACUACGUUCAGUAGCGUGGCACACUACAGCUGCCAUCCCUGCUAUCGUCGUCUAGGAGUUUCAUUACGGAUUUGUGGAGGAAAUGGACUGUGGGUCCCAGCCCCACCCACCUGUGAAAUUCUUGAUUGCGAUCGACCUCCAGAUCUUAACAAUGGAAUAACCAUAACACCUUACACAACAACUUGCAGCAGUGUGGUCACCUACAGCUGUGACAGAGGCUAUCUACUGGAGGGAGUUAGCUCACGUUCCUGUCAGACUAAUGAGGAGUGGUCUAAUGGAACAGCACUCUGCAAUCCUAUUGACUGUGGCAGCUUGAGUAGUCCUGACAAUGGUGGCGUAGUAAUGUUGUCUGGCUCUACCUUCAUGAGCACAGCAACCUACUCUUGCAACAGUGGGUACCCACUGAGAGGUCCUGCAGUACGUACGUGUAGACCUGAUGGGCGAUGGUCCCAAUAUCCACCUAGCUGUGAACCUGUGGACUGUGGUGCAUUGAUUAAUCCAACUAAUGGACUAGUGGACACAUCGUCUGGAACCACUUUUAUGGAUAGAGCUACCUAUACUUGCAACACAGGCCAUAAUAUUGUGGGAACCAGCUCAAUAAUGUGUUUAGCAAGUGGAAUGUGGAGUUCUGUACAGCCAACUUGUGAAGUUGUUGACUGUGGAGCACUUGAAUACCCCACAAAUGGCAAAGUUGUGAUAUUGCAGGGAACCACUUUUGGCCAAUCAGUUGUGUACUCUUGCAAUGAAGGGUACACACUAAAUGGAGAUGCCAGACGUACUUGCACUGUUAAUGGGCAAUGGUCAGGGUCAGCCCCAUCAUGUGAUCCCGUGGAUUGUGGUAUUCUUGAGGCUCCAGCCAAUGGUAAUGUCGCCACAUCUCAAGGCACUUACUUUAUGGACACUGGCGUGUACAGCUGUGCCUCAGGCUACAACCUCACUGGAUGCCCCUCAGCAGUGUGUCAGUCCAAUGGCACCUGGUCAUGUGACCCUCCCUUCUGUGCCGACAAUACAAUGAUCCAACUCAAGUUCGGCCCAACUCGCUAUUGUGUGGAGUGGACUGAUGAGAAGGUUAAAUUGAUGUACAAGAUCAUGCACAUUGCCAUCACCAAGGCAGUAGGAAAAAGUGGACAUGACAUUCCCAUGAACAAUAUUCAACCUGGCUACUUUGUAUGUUACAAAUCCACAACAAGGACGACCUAUCGAACCACGAUCACUGGUACGAAGAGUUUUAGUGCUGUCGAGUAUGCUGAGUUAAUUAGCGAGUGGGUGGAGUCUGGAGUGACCACCAGGGUGCUUUGGUACGCUAUCAAGAUGGACAAGGCCUGUCCAGUGGUCAUUGCCUCCAUGGACAAGGAUGAGUGUGAAUAACUCUACCAAGUACCUAGCUAGCUAUAAUUAUAGAGAAACUUUUAACUUGUUUGUUAGCCGAAAGUUGCGUCUAAGGAUAUUGAGGAGAUCAAUGUAGAUCUACUACUGAGUUGAUGAUUUCUUGUAUGUAGUGUGUGCAUUACGUUUGCAGGUACUUCA